GCUGGUUUAGUUCUCAUUCAAAUCGCUCCCCGUGCAGAACGGCCGUAAGCAGCCAACCAGCCUUUCACGUGUGCGGUUGUCGGUAGUGUAACACCCUUCAACCACCCCUCGACUUAAAGGGCACCAAGCAAGUGUAAUUUAAAUUCACCACCCACAUAAACGGUCAACAUUGGUCGGAAGAGUAAAAAUAACUGCUUUGAGGAAUAUCCUACUAGACACAAGGAAGCUUGCAUAACUCGUGAUGAAGGACCACGGAUGAAUGUAACUUAUGUUGUGUGAUUAGUGGUGGAGUGGGUUGCAAUGCUGUGCCGCCAUCUUGGCUCCCAUAGCUAACCGAAGAAAGAGUGGAUGUUGCGUUAUGUGCAUGCAGUGUAGAUCGACAUAAAUGGGGAUGAUAGUGCGGUUGGCAGCGAAACAAAAAAAUAGCACUAAAACGAGGGCUAAAUAUUUUCAUUUAACUGGCGAAACGUUAGCUGUAGGUUCACAAAAGUGCUGUUGGUGAGAGCAAAGGGAGUUGGCAACCAGUCGAAUUUGCGUAUAGUUACAGUUUCCUUGAGGAAAACGCCAAAAGUGUCUAAAAGAAAGGCGAAAAGUGCAAGUAGCCGCGGUGUCUACCCAAGAGUGAGGUUAUCGAUUUUCUGCCGCGUAAGGCGAAGAAAAGUGGCUACAUGAGAUAUUGCAAAAAGGGUGCUUGUGUAAUUUUCGUAGGCUCGCUGAAAGCGGCUCACUUUACACAAAUGUUGCAAUAAACCUAAUCAAAGGAGCCGAAUCGGUCUGUAUAAGAUUUCAAUUGGAAAGGAAUAAAAAGGUGCAUGUUUUUGUGUGUGAGGGGAAAAUGCGAAAUGGUUACUGGUUUACGCGUUGCACGUGAAAGGCACAAAGGAAAAAUAAUAACGCCGCUGCUUCCCGUCGCAACACUGAACAGCUCAAGCGUGUUGCCAUCUUCACGCGAACGUGUGUGGAUUUUUGCUGUUGACUAAGCCAGCAUUAUCUACUUGCAGUGGCACAAUUCUAUCAUCUUGAAAGCGUCAAUUCGUCAUGUCAUGAAAAUCAAAGGAAAAGAAAUCAACACUUACAGUGCGUGUUUCACUAGUUAAAAAAUGCCGCAUCGUCCGGUUGAAUCGAUGUUAUUUAUGGGCUCGCGUCCUUCCGCUUAGUAAAUAAAUAUUCGCGUAAUUGAUCACCGCAGUGCAUUUAGGUGGUAUUUUAAGGCAACGAAGAAAAGUGUAACGAUGAAUUAGCUGUUUUAGUUCAUUCAAAAGUGUCAGAACGGUUUAUUACUAAAAGAGAACAUGCACUCGAAAUGUACUGGGUGUUUAAAACUAUCUUAAACAACAAGAAUAGCUCUGCCGAAGAAGAUGCGUCCCUUCACGGGAUCGCAAACAAGUUUAAGAACUAGUGAGCCAACAACGACGCCAAUACCAAUGGAUUACGGAUCUGACACCAGAGCGACGACCAGUCGUCAGACGGGACGAAUUGAGGAUUAUGGACCCCUGAGCACAUCGUUGCAAAAUCUGGCUCAGGACGAACCGGACAAUCUAAGGAAAAGCAUGAUGUCAAUCCAAGAGGAGCUCGGUCAGAUGGGCCUCCCGAACGACCAACCGCCGGCGUAUUCGCAAGCAAUCGUCGGCGACGAUGCCAACAACACCGACAGCAGUGUGGACAACAGCAACAUGUGCCAGAACGGGUGGCCCAACAUGCCGGGCGGGAUCCCGGGUGUAGCGAACAAGCCGGCCGGUUGGAUAGACAAUUUGUUCGGUUGCAUGCGGCCGGUGUUAUCGCUUAUCAACAAAGCUCCACACCUGAUGGAGAUGAAGAGCAAACAGACUGACGAUUGGGAAAUUCCCUUCGAGGCAAUUACCGACUUGGUGUGGCUCGGCAGUGGCGCUCAAGGUGCUGUCUUUCGGGGCCGACUGCGUAAUGAGCUGGUUGCGGUUAAAAAGGUUCGAGACGUGAAAGAGACUGACAUAAGGCACCUGCGAAAGCUGGAUCACGAGAACAUUGUCAAGUUCAAAGGGGUUUGCACACAGUCGCCGGUGUUUUGUAUAAUCAUGGAAUGUUGCCCCUUCGGGUCGCUGCACCAAAUCCUGGCCGACGGUAAGGACAUCAUAUCGCCUAAUCGGUUGGUAUCCUGGUCGCAGCAGAUCGCUUUGGGCAUGCAGUACCUGCACUCGCACAAGAUCAUCCACCGGGAUCUCAAGAGCCCAAACAUUCUGAUAGGUGAGGGCGAGGUAAUCAAAAUCAGUGACUUUGGUACCUCACGUGAGUGGAACGAAAUUAGUACAAAGAUGAGCUUUGCUGGUACGGUGGCCUGGAUGGCACCGGAGGUGAUCCGAAACGAACCCUGCAACGAAAAGGUCGACAUCUGGUCCUACGGUGUUGUUAUGUGGGAACUGUUGACUGGUGAAGUGCCAUACAAAAAUGUAGAUUCGUCGCAGAUCAUCUUCGGUGUCGGCAAUAACUCGCUUUAUCUGCCCAUUCCGGCCAGCUGUCCCGAGGGUUUCAAACUUCUGCUCAAACAGUGCUGGAGUCCGAAACCCCGCAACAGGCCAUCGUUUAAGAUUAUUCUUACCCAUCUGGACAUUGCGGCGCAAGAGCUCCUGCGCCAAUGUACUGCAGAACAAGACUACUACAACACUCAACUGUCAUGGCGAGAAGAGAUUCAAAAUCAUAUGCAGAAACUCACUACCAAUGGGAUGAAUAUACAGAAAUACGAACAAGAUCUGAUUAAAAAACGAAAGGACGAGUGGAAGCAUGCCCAGGACAUCCGAAAUAUCUACGAAAGAAAGUUGGAGCGGGCCAACACCAUGUACAUGCAGUUAUGCGCGAUCUUCGCGCAACUCGAGCAGAAGGAACGGGAGAUUGCAGAACGUGAAAAGCAACUGCCUGGCUAUAAACCGCGCAAAUGUAACAUCUUGAAGCGCAAUGGUGACAAAGGAAAUAGAAAGCGUGUUCCAUUCGGCUUUCAAACAACGAUGCCAGUCCCGAGCUACCUUCAGAACCAGCAGCAGAUUUAUGGAACGCCGGUCGUUCCCGGUGAAUCAACGACACCCAGUCCGUCUUCUCCAACCCAAAAUAGUCCUAUGAAGGCAACCUUGUAUGCUCAAUUAGACGGUAAUACUCAUAACCCCAAAUCAGUGGUCAUCAUUCCUCCGGGUGUGACUGGGUCCGGUUCGACCUCGUCGGGGCGGGCUAAAAAGUUUCGCCAUCGACGCGUCGGCUCUGGAACGUUUAAUUCCCCUAAAUCAAGUCCUAAUCGAGACCGACGAGUUCAGAGCGAACCGGAUACAAGACAUGCUCGGUUUGUCGAUACGGAAACGCAAACUGAUGCGAUGGAUAUCAGUGAGACUGAUGCAAGCCCUAGUCCAAAUGUUGCCACCAAGCGCCUGUCCAUGAGCUUACGAGAGGAAGAAGAAGAGCGGGGUAAAAUGCUUGAACUAGCAAUUGACUCUGCACCAGCCAUAAACCAAGCGUACCGGUGUGGAAAACCACAGUCCGAGGACGACGGAGAAGUGCCUGAAGACGAAGAGAACGGAAACUCUAUCUCCACUAUGACGAACAGUCGAAGUAGCGAUAUGCUAACGAGUAGUCAACAUCAACAACAGCAUCCUGAUCCUGACGACGAUGCCGACGACGAUGAGGACGAUGACGAGGAUCAGCGAGUGGUUUGCUCAAGCCCGGACCCGAUUAUGGAUGCAAUGAACAGUAACGAGCGACUGGAUCGUGAUUGUAGCGACGAUGAUAAAAUUGAUACACUCGAUAGGAAACUGAGCUUCAUCUCCGAGAAACUGCAGCAACAGAGUGUCGGUGGCAGUGGGAACAAUCACGUACAGCAAUUAGCUGACUAUAAUAAUAUUCUAAACGAUAAUAAUGUGACGAUUUAUCGAUGCAAUACAAUGAAACAUAACGGUAGCAUUGGCAAGGCUGGGAAAUGCACGGAUAAUGCGAUAUUAUUGAAGCACCCAAAUGCUGGUAGUAACUUGCAUGCUGGCGGUAGCGCUGUCGGUGUGUAUAUGUUUAGUGGGAAUGGCACCCCCGAAAAGCUUCCACAUCUUUCAGCAAGACAGGUUAUCCAGGACGAGGAAAAGUGCAGCGAUAGCUGGACCGAUGAAGAAGGGGAAGAUCCGAUCGAAGCGAACAAUUAUGCGCUGCGACGAAAAAGCAUUGGUCGUCUGCCGAUCAAGCGCGGACGCCGUUGUAAGAUUUUAUCAAGUGUUGGAUCGGUCCCUGGAGCUGCAGUAACAUCCCAAUGCUAUCACCCAACGUCGCCAUCGAUUGGGUUGACCAUUGGUGGAGGUGCUAACAUUAGCCUGGAUGGGAUGUCUCCGUUAGCGGGUGCUUCUUUGCCGCCGGUUGCUAUCAGUCAUACAAACCAAGCCUCCAGUUUGACGAUUUCGGAUGAGGAGAACACCUCCGAGUACAGCCAUUCGCCGUCGAGCCAACGAUCGACACUUGAGAGCAAUCCAGAGCUACCGGCCGUAAUCAAGCGGCAAAAUCAUCGUACCAGCACCAUUGGUAAACAGCAGAUUAUGCAGAAAAGCACGACUUCGGCAAAAGAUACCGAUGAUGAUGAUGACGACGAUGGGGAGCUUGAUUCCAGUGAUUCGAGUUCUAGUUCGGAUGAGGACAACAAUGCCGUUGGGUUGGCGACUGAGAAUUCGGGUGCAAACAAAGACGUAGAGAAUGGCAAUACGUAUUAAGUGAAACGUACGAGAAAUUGUGAUUAUGGGAGAUCUAUUGAAAAAAAAAAAUUGUUUGAGAUUAGUUUCAUUUCUGGAUUUGUUGGUACUCGUGAAGCAAUAUUAUGUUUAGAAGCAUAAAGAAGGGGAGUGUACCUAUUCGAUCAGUUUUUCGUUUUGUUUAAAAUUUUCGUUAGCUUUAAGUUUAAUAUUACGGUUUCGGUCCUAAGGAGCGAAUCCUUUCUUUGUUCAGCCCGUUUCAGCAUUGUGAAAAAAGACUUUAAUUUAUAAUAAGCGAGAUAUUAUUACAUAAAAAUUCCAUUAUUAUACAUUAAUAUACAAGGCGAACUAGGUUAUGAAUAGGAAUCUUUUGAUUGAAAUGAGCAGGAAUUAUCUUUACGUAAUUCGUUUAAAUUAAGCUAAGCCAAUAGAAGACCGGAGUGUUGAAAUACGGCUUCAUAUAUACCUCUUCGUGUAAAUUUCCUAUUCUCUGUUAACCCCAAUAAGUAAAUUAUUGUUUCUUUUACAACCUUGAGUCUAUGAAGUGAUAAAAUUGAAAAUGUCGCCGUUUUUUUUGUAUAAGUUGAAAACCCGAAUGGAUGUGAGUGAUGUAAAAUAAUAAAUAAAAAAUUACUAUUAAUAACGUGAAUUAUUAUGUAAACAACUUCGUCCAACGCCGUGAUUUAAGAUACAGCCGAUUUUCGUUGCCAGUCUUGUUUUAAUUUGUCUGUACCUUUUUUUUGUUUAAAUAUCAUGUACCACAGAAAAUUAGAACAUAGCGCAGCAAAUUAAUUGUCGUAUUACAACCAAACAAGACAUUGUUGCAAUAUUUAAAGUGUACCUGUGCAGCUUAAAAGUUAACACAAAAAGCGUAAACCAAUCAAGCAUGUGGUCGAUAAAAAAUAGCAACAACAAAAUUAAUCGAUCUGCCUAGUUUCUUGUAUUAAUUCUUCUGAAAACGGGUCACAUGCCAAUACAGACAACUGAUUAAAUAGGCUGAUUGUGAGUUAGCUUCUAUACGUUCAAUGGAAAAAAAGGAACUAUUUUUGGAGCAGUAUUCUUGGUUGCAAUUUUCGAUUGCCAAUCAAAUGGUACGCCGACAAAACACUUUAGAAUUGAUAAUAAUAAAAAAUACCAAAUCAGUAUAUAUAAUAGAAGGGGUCUACUACGAAAGGCUGAAACUCAAAAGGCUGAAACACGAAAGGCUGAAAUUCGAAAGGCUGAAAUCACGAAAGGCUGAAAACUACAUAAGGCUAAAAACACGAAAGGCUGAAUCACGAAAAGCUGAAAAUCAUAAGGCUGAAAUUUCCAAAGUUCAUUUCUAAAAGAACACUCGCGGCCUACGGCCGACUCGAUUGUCCGAGAUGUAUGCUGUCCUUACUCGCUAUCGCUCGUUCGGACUAAACUAGGGGAUCACCCCUACGAGUCAGUAGACCUAGGAAAACGAACGAACCUAUACAGAGGUGAUUUCUGCGGGGGGGCUGCCCCCCCGCAGUGGCCGGCGCUUCCGACGGCGGGUCGCCGGCGCACACUCGCGGCCUUCGGCCGUCUCGCCCUGAAUCAUCUAGAAAACGUGUACAAGAGUCAAGUGUGUAUAGAUUCAAAUCUUGCCGAAAAUUAAUUUUCCAUUGCACAAACCAAUUAAUACUCAAACAUUGAACUCUGUCACUUAAUAAAGGUUUGUUAUCCAUGUGUCCGAAUUUUUCAACGAUUAUGAUUCAAGUUACAAAAGUUUCAGCCUUUCAUGUUUCAGCCUUUCGUUCAUGCAGCCUUUUGUGGUUUCAGCCUUCUGUGCAUUCAGCCUUUCGUUAUAAAACAUACUUUUCAGCCUUUCGAGUUUCAGCCUUUCGGGUUUCAGCCUUUUGAGUUUCAGCCUUUCGUUACUAACCCUAAUAGAAGUCCUAAAUUUGGCAAUCCUCCAACCUGCGCGCGCAUGUUUUGAUGUUAUUCCAAACCAAUCUAUAUGAACUGUUUGGCGUUGAAAAUUAUGAGUGGAGUUCAUCAAAAGUAUAAAUCAACGUUUUUCAACAUCUGCGUUAGUUAAUAACCCAAAUUGAGCUGUACUAAAAAAAACAACAAAAUUAUAAAACGACUCCUACGUAUAUACAUAAUUCAAAUUGUAUCUUGUAUGAGUAACAUUGCUGAAACACAAAAAAUCGUGCAAUGCCUAAAAAGAUGAAAAAGUUCACGAAUUAUGUAAUACAAUUUUACUGUUAUAUGCUUUGGCCAAGUUGGACAACGCAAAUUGCGGAAACGUGAAAAUAAAUAACCUGCAAAUAAAACACCAAUCUUUUGCUUUUUCCUGCAA